AUGACCAAUUCCUCGACACCCCUUCUGUUCUACUGCUCCGUGAACUGCCCCUUAUUUUUCCACAGUUUGAGACCAGGCCUAUUUCCAAUCAACAGUGACGCCAGGGGUCAAAAUUUUUGUCGUCCUUUUGACAGCCAUCAAGCCACUAUCGGCCCCACUUCGGCUUCUGGUCUCACCACCCGGUCGGCAUCCCGGGUUUGGCUCACGGAGUACAUCGCCAUGUCUAUAGAUCUCUUUACUGAAUUUUUUAUCAGCGAUCUUCCGCUGACCGGGAGCAACCCAGUUGGACGCAUCAACGACGGUAAGCCGUUCAACGCAUACGGCGAUGACGGCCUGGUCCGCCAUAUUGAGAUUGGUCGGAACGGGAAGAGCCUGAAUGCUAUCAAGCUAGGGUUCUUCAACAAGAAAAGCGAAGAAAUCCAUGGAGACUUGUCCAAGAGCGCGGGAACUCAAUCUAUUGAGCCUCGCCUGGGGGAAAGAGUGACCCGUUUGCUUGUCUGGCUAACAAACAAGGAGCGAUGGGUCUACGGUGGCUCGGGUAGAGCUACUUACCAGCCGAGGCCGAGAGCUGGAGAUCGGGGACAAGCCCUCUGA